AUGGGGAGCGAAGAGCUGGAGCAAGAGCAGCAGGUCUUCAUCUGUCUGAACUGUGUCUCCUACCUGCUCCACCUGGUGUCUCCUACUCCGUUCACCUGUGUCUUCUACUCCAGUCUGGUCUGUGCCUCCUGCCCUGUUCAUCUGUGUCUCUGUCUCAGUCUAGGUUCAGGUCUCCCACUCCGUUCACCUGUGUCUCCACCUGUUCACCUGUGCCUCCUGGCCUGGUUCAUCUGUGUUCCUCCUACCCGUUCACUCAAGUGUCUCUACUCCGUUCAACUGUGUCUCCCACCUGUCUCACUCCAGGCCUCCUACUCCGGGUUCACCUGUGUCUCCCCACCUGGGUUCACCCAGGCCUCAUUCUGUUCAACUGUGUCUCCCACUCCGUUCCACCUGCCUCUACCUGUCCAUCUGUGCCUCCUGGCCCCAGCCCACCUGUGUCUCUGGCCCCGUUCACCUGUGUCUCCCAUCUGUUCACCUGUGUCUCCUACUCCGUUCACCUGUGUCUCCCCACCUGUCCACCCAGGUCUCCCACCUGUUCACACCUGUGUCUCUGGCCCUGUUCACUCCAGUCUCCCACUCCGUUCACACCUGUGUCUCCCACUCCGUUCACCUGUGUUCUCUACUCCGUUCAUCUGUGCCUCCUGUCUCUGUCUCACACCUGUGUCUCUGCCCUGUUCAAUCUGUGUGUCUCCAUCUGUUCACCCAGGUCUCCUCAAUUCUGUCUACUCUGUGCCUCCUGCCCAAGUUCAAUCUGUGUCUCCAGUCUGCCCCAUCUCAGGUUCCUCAUCUGUUCACCUGUGUCUCCUCACUCCGUUCACCUGUGCCUCCUGCCCUGUCUUAUCUGUGUCUCCCUGCCCUGUUCACCUGUGCUCCUGCCCCUGUUCACCAGUGUCUCCUGGCCCUGUUCACUCAGGUGUUCCUACUCCGUUCACUCCAGGUCUCCUACUCCGUCUACCUGUGUCUUCCACUCCGUUCACCUGUAGUUCCCCACUCCGUUCACUCCAGGUUCCCUGCCCCGUUCACCUAUAG